CCUCUUUUGCCAACCCCCGACAAUUCUCUCUCUCUCCACGACUUAUUCAUCGCACCCAACAGCAGAACAUGGUUCUCCGACAAAACAUCAAUCCUAUAACGCCCGAAUUCGACGACCUCGUCGAUAAACUGCUCGAAAAAUGGAAGAUUCCGGGUCUCACCAUCUCCAUCGUUCACGGCUCCAGCACCUACGCCAAGGCAUACGGCUAUGCCUCCUUCCCUUCCACCCCGAUGACCGUUGACUCCCUCUUCAGCACCUGCAGCACCACUAAAGCCUUCACCGCUGCCGCCCUGUCUCUCGCCAUCGACGACAGCAAGUCCACCUCGACCCCCAUCUCUUGGUCGACCCCCGUCUCCUCCCUUAUCCGCGAAGACUUUGUACUUUCCACUCCCACCGCCACAGCCAACACAACCAUCGAAGAUAUCCUCUCGCACCGAUCCGGUCUCUCGGGCCACUUCGGCGUCAUGGCCCUCGCCUAUCCAGACGAGGACCUCCGCACCGCAGUCCGCAAGCUCCGCCACUUGCCUCUCGCAUACCCCCCGCGCACGACAUUCAAUUAUUGUAAUCACAUGUUCAUGGUUGCAUCGCAUCUCAUAGAGAAUUUGAAUGGGGAGGAUAUGGGCACAACACUCAGGAAACGGAUUUGGGAUCCGCUCAAUAUGACGGAUACGUAUUUUACUCUUGACGAAGUCAAAAGAUUACCCGAUGCAGCAGAACGAUUGGUGAAGGGAUAUACAUGGAACCCGGAAACAAACACCUACCUCGAGGAACCAUAUAUGAAUUACGCCCCGACAACUGGAACAGGUGCCAUAGUGAGUAACGUCCUCGAUUACGCCAAGUGGCUCCGCGCAUUGGUAUAUCAGACCGGCCCGAUCUCGCCCGAGGGUCACACGACGCUACGUUUACCUCGGACGGUAAUUGCCCAAGCAGAUUGGGACAAUAUGCUUGCCCCCCCGGGCGCAUACCAUCUAUAUACGAUGGGUUGGUUCGUAGAUUACUACCACGGGGAACAGAUAUACUGGCACACAGGAAGUUGGUUUGGAUUCGGCAUUAUGGUUGGGUUUUUGCCCGCACGGGGAUUCGCGUUUGCGAUGAUGGGGAAUACCCAGAAUGCCAGGAUCGCACAGUUGGAGUUGUAUCUGUAUUCGGUUGAUGAGUUGAUUGGGAAGAGGGGUGGAGCAGCAGCAGCGGAGAGGGAGGCGCAUAUGGCUAGGUUGGGGAGGCAAAUCCAGGAAAUGGAACUGGGGUAUACAGAUAGUGUGGAGCAAGUGAUUGAACGGUUGUUCCCCAGGUUGGAGACGAGGCUGCCUCACGCCCUGACUUUGGAAGCGUAUACGGGGAGAUAUGAGCACCGAGCGUAUGGGAAGUUGGUCUUGUGUGAGAAGGAAGGGAGAUUGGUUGUUGAUUUGACGGACCGCGUGUUGAAGAAAUGCUUGCGGUUUGAACAUGUUAGUGGUGAGUUCUUUGUGGUCAAAAAUUAUACGCCUGGAGCGGAGGCCGUGGACCCAGAAUACAUAAAGGCCGAGUUUUAUGUUGAUGCAAAGGGGGUCGCCAUGGAGUUGGGGCUCGAUUGGGAGCCGGCCCUGGGGGAGAAGAUCUGGUUCAAGCGGGUUUAGUAGGAUGGGGAUAUAGGCAAGGGAGGAGAAGCAGAUUAAUGACUGCCUCUAUCAUGGUCUCAAUUCUACUCGCACGGACAGUCUCAUGUGCAAGCCAGAUUCUGGAGUAUCCCAACCUUGGUUGUCGGUGACUAUAGAAUGAAAGGUAGGCUAAGUGAUCAACAGUCAAACAACGAGGGAAGAUUGCCUCGAUGAUGUCAGUCUAGGCGACAAUGGAAGGGAGUAUGUGUUAUGCAGAUGGGAAAACUCACCAAGGCUGACUGAGGACAGAAGCGAGAGCAGAGCGAAGGAAGUGAAUACCAUCGAAAUUUCUUCUCCCCACAAAUCUUCUAUUUCAUCUUCAUCUCACUUUAGUUCCCUCCCUU